GCAGGGGCAAUCGGGAGUACCUGCAGAUGAAAUGGCCCCUCCUCGAUGUCCCCUCCAGUGCUACCGUCAAGGACACCAGGUCACCGUCCCCAGCACACUUGUCGAAUAAAGUUCCUGUCGUUCAGCACCCGCACCACAUGCACCCGUUGACGCCCCUCAUCACCUACAGCAGCGACCACUUCCCCCCGGGCUCCCCGCCCACACACCUCUCCCCAGAGAUUGAUCCAAAGACAGGAAUCCCCCGGCCCCCUCACCCGUCGGAACUGUCUCCGUAUUACCCGCUGUCUCCUGGAGCUGUCGGACAAAUCCCCCACCCCCUCGGCUGGCUCGUCCCACAGCAAGGACAGCCCAUGUACUCCCUUCCUCCUGGUGGCUUCCGGCACCCCUACCCUGCCCUCGCCAUGAACGCUUCCAUGUCCAGCCUGGUUUCCAGUCGGUUCUCCCCUCACAUGGUGGCUCCGGCCCAUCCUGGUUUGCCCACCUCAGGGAUUCCCCACCCCGCCAUCGUCUCCCCCAUCGUCAAGCAGGAGCCGGCACCCCCCAGCCUGAGCCCAGCCGUGAGCGCGAAAUCACCAGUCACAGUGAAGAAGGAGGAAGAAAAGAAACCCCACGUGAAGAAGCCCCUAAAUGCCUUCAUGUUAUACAUGAAGGAGAUGAGGGCCAAGGUGGUGGCUGAGUGCACCCUGAAGGAAAGUGCCGCCAUCAAUCAAAUCCUGGGAAGAAAGUGGCACAACCUGUCCCGAGAAGAGCAGGCCAAAUACUACGAACUGGCCCGGAAGGAGCGGCAGCUUCACUCCCAGCUCUACCCAACCUGGUCAGCCCGGGACAACUACGGUAAGAAAAAGAAGAGGAAGAGAGAAAAGCAGCUGUCGCAGACACAGUCCCAGCAGCAAGUCCACGAGGCAGAGGGUGCUCUGGCCUCCAAAAGCAAGAAGCCGUGUGUUCAGUACCUGCCCCCCGAGAAGCCCUGUGACAGCCCUGCCUCUUCCCAUGGCAGCAUGCUAGACUCCCCGGCGACCCCCUCCGCAGCCCUGGCCUCACCGGCUGCCCCUGCUGCCACCCACUCGGAGCAAGCCCAGCCCCUCUCCCUCACCACCAAGCCAGAGGCCCGGGCCCAGCUGGCUCUUCACUCGGCUGCCUUCCUGUCAGCUAAGGCUGCAGCCACGUCCUCUGGCCAGAUGGGCAGCCAGCCCCCACUCCUCUCCCGGCCCCUCCCCCUCGGGUCCAUGCCCACAGCUCUGCUGACUUCUCCCCCUUCCUUCCCGGCCACGCUCCAUGCACACCAGGCCCUCCCUGUGCUCCAGGCCCAGCCUCUUUCCUUGGUCACCAAGUCUGCCCACUAAGCUGCCCUGUGACCUAUGCAGGCUGUCAGGUGACCCAUCGAGUAGUAAUGAUUCAGAAGAGGAAGGAAAAAAAAAGGAAACUUUAUUGGUCAAUAUUUGACCACUCUGGACUGUUCUGUAAAGUGACUGGUAACAGCAGCACUUUACAUUUUGUAGAUGUAACCAGUAGCUGACCUUAAGGCUUUUUUAAAAAACAAAACAAAACCCACAAAAAAAAAUCUUUAAAAGAAAGAACUGAAAAGUAGUGUGUCAUUCUUCCCGUACGUGCAGUGGUGGAUGGACCUGGGCAAAAGACCCUCCUCUCUCUACCUCUGAGAUCGCCUCCUCCCGCCUCCCCCUGUGCCCCAGCCCCCACCCGGGCUGCGUGGCCACUGCUGCGACUCCUAGCCUAUUGCUUCUUCAUCUAGACCCCAUUCCCGGACAUUUCUUUUGAUCUCACCCCAAUUCUUUGCUCAGCUCCAUGGGUUCCUGCCUCCAUCCUUUCGCCCUCUGCCCAGUGUAAGGCUCUCACCAUGUGAGAAGACCCUGCCUGGUUUGUCUCCACCAGCACCCCUCCCCACAGUGGGCCCCAGCCUCCAGCCUUCGAAGGGGGAAAGGUCCUCUGAAAUGGUUCUUCCCCACACACAAAGGGACUCAAGGUGCCUGCCACUUCCUUAGUGACGAAGUCCGUGUUCCACCCUUCACCAGUCAACAUCUCCCCCUCACAGUCCCAGAGCGCAGACAGGAACUGCUCCGAGGCUCAGUCUAGCUGUCUGCCAAAGUUCUAAACACCCUCCCUCCCCGUCACCUCACAUGCUUCUGUGUGUUAUUUCUUUUUUUUAUGGGGUUUUUGGAGCAAUUUGAACUCCCAAUAAGCUGUUUAUUUUCACAAAAGAAAAUAAAAUUGCAGUUGCAAGACC